CUCACUUCUGCGCGAGACUCGGAGACGGACAGAAGGAGCGCGAGCGAGCGGGCUCGGAGCGCACGGGAUGACUUUUCACUGAGCUGACCUGUCAUCGCACUGGUGGACAAAAAGGACGGUACAGUGGGCACAAAAACACCCGACAGAGCCGCCGAGAGAGCUGAAGAGAAGCCCGAGGAAGAAACCGAGGAGCUUUGGUUCUUUCUGUUUGUGGAGGCGGUGUAAGCGAAGAAAACUACCGGCAGAGAAGGUAGCGACCUCUCACCAUGCAGCAUUACGGGGUGAACGGCUACUCUCUGCACGCCAUGAACUCCCUCAGCGCCAUGUACAACCUGCACCAGCAGGCCGCACAACAGGCGCAGCACGCGCCCGACUACCGGCCGUCUGUGCACGCGCUUACAUUGGCCGAGAGACUAGCUGACAUCAUCCUGGAGGCUCGCUACGGCUCUCAGCACCAACAGCGCCGGAGCCGCACGGCCUUCACCGCGCAGCAGCUGGAAGCGCUGGAGAAGACUUUCCAGAAGACCCUACCCGGAUGUGUGAUGAGAGAGCGACUUGCCAGGUGCACCAAUCUGCCCGAGGCUCGUGUGCAGGUUUGGUUCAAGAACCGCAGAGCAAAGUUUCGUAAAAAGCAGCGGAGCCUCCAGAAGGAGCAGCUUCAGAAGCAGAAGGAGGUGUCAGGGGAAGGAGAUGAGAAGGAGGACACACCUCCCUCCACCACUAUCCGUCCUGAUACCCAGCUCCCUCCUUCAUCCUCCUCCUCCUCCUCCUCCUCUGAGACAGAAGGUCCUGUGGUUCGCCCUGUUCCACUGGACAUGGAGCUGAAUGUCACAUCAGCAGAACAUUCAGGCAGUGAGUCGGCAACAGAGGAUAAUGCAACCGAUAAGGAGGACGAGAGCAAAUCUCAGAAAGAAGAAUGAAGUGUGAGAGGGGCGGUGACACCUGGCGACUCUCCGGCUUGUAAAAGACUCAUGCCCUAAACCAGAUUCCCUCUGGUCUCUCCAUCAGUGACACCUUCGUCCUCCGGCAGCAGCCUGGCCAGCACCGGUCCUCUCUCUCAGAGCCACUCUUACUCUUUCCCCCUCAGCUUAUUUCGUCUGCAGGAGCAGUUCCGCCAGCACAUGGCUGCCACCAACCUGGUGCACUAUCCUGCUUUUGACCUCGCCGCCCCGUCUUCACUUCCCUACCUGAAUGAAUGUUAACAGGCUCCUGCACCACUGGGCUCUCUGCCCUGCCAGUCCUACUAUCAGUCCCUGUCCCAUCAUGCACAGCAGGUGUGGAACAGCCCGCUGCUGCAGGCAUCAACUGCAAGUGGCCUCACCAGCCACAACAGCAAGACCACCAGCAUUGAGAACCUGCGUCUGACCAAGCAGCACGCUGCCUCCUUGGGACUGGACACAAUGUCUAACUGAGAAUCAGAUGGUGUGGAAGGCAACGUAACUAGGCCAGCGCUUACGUAUUACCAUAUCCUACUGUGUGUCUGUGUGACUGUGAUAGCUCUUUAGGAACCAUAUAAGGACUUCUCCAGCAGAUGGACACACAACAUACAAGAUGUCCAUAAAUAAAACAUGGCAAAAUGCUUUGGACCUACAGAUCUCUAUUAACAUCUCUUUAAAACACAGCACGUCGACCAUUUUUUCGACUUCUCAUAGCUUCUGUUGCAGCUCACACAUCGUUGAAAAAAAGAGAACCCACGAGAUCAUGGAAAUGACUACUGUGAGACGCAGCACUUCAAGUGACACUCCCAAAAUAUGAAACGCUUCCAACUGUCAUGCAGUGCUGGACCUUCGAACUUCCUAAAUAAUUCAAAAACAAUCGUGAAAAAUGAUGUGACCCGCUGGAGCACGCACUUAACUAAACAAACAAACAAAAACAAUGCAAAUAUGUUUACAAGAACAAUGUGAAGAAAUGAGGCACUUUGUAAGGAAUCACCUCGUGCAGCAAAGAGACAUUUCAGUUAAGCAGUGUGGUUAUGUACAUACCCUGCACUACAUAACAGCACAUAAAUAUAAAUAAACCUGAGCCAUGUCCUCCUCAACACCAUAAUUAAAAGUGACUAAUUUACCAGUUUAAUAGCCACUAAUAUGCCACUUUGUACAGAGGCUGGCUUGAUAAUGAGAAAAUGAUUUCAGUGACUAAAUUCUCAGAGCUUUUAAUUACAUUUUGCCCUGGGCUGAGGGAGCUGGGGCGAGCGCAAUUAUGAACAUGCGUAACACUUAAUGUAGCAUUUUUAUAUUCAAAGGCUUUUUACACCAACACAGUCAACUACGGCAGCCGCGUGACUUGCACCACUUCGCAAUGACUUGAUCCAUUUUCUGCAGAUACAAAAUGACUGUAAACAUAUUAGGACUUGGUUAAAUAUUGUCUUGACUUGUAUUAUUCCCGCCUUAAUAUUCUCUUGAGGAAACAUGCAGCGUUUCAUCGAAAGCCACAUCGUCAGCACUUGAUGAGAAUCACACACAUCUCUGAUGUUUCCGUUAAUGUGUUUUUUUGAAGAUAAUGUCUUCAAAUGGAAAAAAAAAGCACAUUAUUUUAAUAUGUAAAAUACAAAAAAGUCUAUCUAUUAAUGUUUACUGGUAAAGUAAUUGUAAAGUUCCUAUUAUGUUGUAUAAUAAUAAUGGACUCUUUGUCAGAUUGUAAGAUUGUAUUUACUGAGCUCACCGACAGCCCGUGUCCCCCUCCUCUCCUGGUUGUCUGUGUACCACCCAUGGAUUGAAACUGAUAUUUAAAAUUUUAGUUUCUUUUCUUUUUUUCUUCAAGAAUUAAUUCAAGAGAAACUGGACACAUUUAAUUUCUAGAAAAUUACCACCCUCUGUGUUUUGCAAUCAAUCCAGAUGGAAAAGUGAAAGAAGGAGAAAACAUUUGAGUGAAUAACUGACCCUAGUCCUCUGUGCUCUGCUGUCUUACUCUAUUUGGUUUCUGUUGUUGUUUUUAAUGCUGUUCCCCUGAUUGUUCUGUCAAACUACUUGGUCCAGUGGUAGAUAGAUAUGUACGGUGGAGGAGAGUGACAGGACCAUCAGCAGUGUUGUUUCCUUUGCUCCUCCUAAUAAUGUAGACUUGAACUUGUGUUGUUGUAAAAUAACUGCAAUAAAAG